AUGUUACCUGUGUGCGGUUCUCAACCAAUGCUUGUACCAGUCAUGCCGCAGAUGUUGGUACCAAUGAUACCACUUCAGCCUGCCCCGAUGUGUUGUCCACCGAAUUUUAUGAAUGCCUGUUUGACGACGACUAUGGAGAGCGUGUGCAAUUCACGAAUGUAUGGCCAAUUUCGGCAUGUUCCACGUGAAUUGCCUGGCUAUCGACAUGCACCAUUCGAUUGGUAUCGACCACCGAAACAACGUUUUAAUGUCAUUCAUGAAGAUGCCGCAGUUGUAACACUCGAUGGGCCAAUGCCCAUUGGUGAUUUUUAUCGCUAUUACAUCUAUGGAGACGAUCUCGAUGAUUAUGAGUAUGAUGACUACGAGGAUGGAAGUUCGUAUGCAUCAGCCGACUAUGACAACAUAUCGAGGAAUACGACUAGCUCACGGCAAACUCGAUCUCAAGAUGAUCGGGAAGAGAGAUAUUCAAAUCUUGCACCGAAUCGAGCAAAUACAUAUUCAACACUUGAUCCUGUUCGUCGAAGAACCAUGCCACCUCCAUCGAACUACCAGCAAAAUCGUUCAACACCUGGUAAUGAUGAUCUUGACGAUGCAGCUUCUAUCAACAGUACCUAUGGCAACUGA